AUGGAUGAUUCGAAUUUCCAUCUUACCACAAUGGUUACAAUUCAUUUAAGAAGUGAAACCAAGCCUAUGGAGCACCGCUCUGCAUUGACGCCGACUACUGCUCGCAAGCUGAAGGAUGCCGGUUACGAGGUUCUCAUUGAGCGCUCUCCGACUCGCAUCUUUGACGACAAGGAGUUUGAGGACCAGGGUCUUGAGCUGGUUCCCGAGCACUCCUGGAAGACUGCCCCCAAGGAUCGCAUCAUUCUGGGUCUGAAAGAACUCGAGGAGGAGGACUUCCCUUUAAUCCACAAGCAUGUGUCUUUUGCUCAUUGCUACAAGGACCAGGCCGGCUGGGAGAAGGUUCUGGCUCGGUAUCCGGCCGGCAAGGGAACUCUUUAUGAUUUGGAGUUUUUGCAAGACGAAAGUGGCCGCCGUGUUGCCGCUUUUGGUUUCUACGCUGGCUUUGCUGGUGCUGCUCUUGGUGUCCAGGACUGGAUCGCUAGAGUCACAGAAGACAAGCCGUUGGUGCCUGUCGAGCAUUACCCCAACGAGGGAGUGCUGGUAGACGAGCUCAAGGCGGCAUUGGCCAAGGUCGGCAAGACGCCCAAGGUUCUGGUCAUUGGCGCUCUGGGUCGCUGCGGUAAGGGCGCUGUAGACUUGUGCCAGAAAAUCGGCAUUCCUGACAGCAAGAUCGUCAAGUGGGAUAUGGCCGAAACUGCCAAAGGCGGCCCGUUCCAUGAGAUUGUCGAUGCAGACAUCUUUGUCAAUUGCAUCUACCUGUCUCAGCCCAUCCCCAAGUUCGUCACUAUGAAGGAGCUGAACGACCCCAAGCGUAAUCUCCGCGUAAUUGUCGACGUCUCCGCCGAUACUACGAACCCACACAACCCCAUCCCCGUGUACACUGUUGCUACCACAUUUGACAAGCCCACUGUUCCUGUAGAUGUGACCGAGGGACCUUCUUUGGACGUUAUCUCUAUCGAUCACCUGCCCUCGUUACUCCCUCGCGAGGCCUCUGAGUUCUUCUCCGCCGAUCUCUUGCCUUCUCUUUUACAAUUGAAGGAGAUCGACUCCGCUCGUGUUUGGACCGACGCUAAGAAACUCUUUGACCACCACGUCGCCCGUUUACCCGCAGGCUCAUACUAA